GUGAAAAGGAACUCACAAAAGCGCCCAGAACUUGACGGAAGUUGUGCGCUUUUCAAGUUCUUUUCCAGUUCUCAGAGGUGGACGUUGAAUGUUCCAGACUCCAGAGAGUGGCAGAGUAUGUACCUACUUUGCUCAGCGCCGAAAGGAUUGAAAACAAUGAGAAACUCAAGAGCUACUUUAAGUUUUGGCUGCAUUGAAAGAGCCCUCCCAAGUUGCUACGCAUCAAUGCUGUUGACAUCAUGAGCCAGCGCUUUGGCCCCUUUCACGAUUCCGCAAGCUGAGCUGGCAACCGCUUCGGAAACACGUCCUCAUAUGAGUUUGCCAGCUUGAUAUCUCUCAGGGCUCGCCAAUGGCUGAAUGCAGAAUGGCAUUUGCAACCCGUCUACGGACCAUAGCUGCGCUUAGCCCCAGCUUGGCAGCACGACACAUUGGAUCUUCUAGAAUGCUCGGUGCAGCACCAAUCUGGGAAGUUGCUGAAAGGCAAAGUACUAGCCACCACCACCACCAUCAAGAAGUGUGGCCAUCAAUUCUCUCAAACUCUGACAGGCAGUCCCAGAGUAGGAGCUUGCAAGCUGUACUGCAUGGGUGCAGUAACGUCAGCAGUUGGCAGGGCCCAACUAAGUUUGUUUCGCAUCCAACCCAGUUGCCUGCAGAACAGUCUUCGCUGUUCGAUCAAGUUCAGGGAAAAAAGGUCUCACCUGCAGUCUGGGGCUGCAGAGUUCAGACUGUGCUUCCACCAAGCAGGAACAAGCGUUAUGAUGCUCUGUCGCUGUCAGUACGCUGCAACAGUAGUGGUACGCAAAGUGAACGUGCCGUCGAAAUCGAACAUCAGAAGAGUGGGCAGCUCGAAGGGGCUAAACGAAGAGUUGUCUUCUUAGGAACUCCAGAGGUCGCUGCGGGUGUGCUGAGGAGACUGCUUGAGGAAGCAGCUAAAGAGAACAGUCUAUUUGAGAUCACGGCUGUUGUUUCGCAGCCCGCGGCUAAGCAAGGCCGCGGUCGCAAGCUGUUGCCUUCCUCAGUCUCGGCCCUAGCUCUGGAGUCGGGUCUACCGGAGGACCGUCUCUUGUGUCCGGACACAGCCCGGGAGGAAGCGUUUCUUGAGAGGCUGUCCGACCUUGCUCCAGACCUGUGCGUCACGGCUGCUUAUGGCAACAUCCUCCCAAACAAGUUCCUGGCGAUACCGCGCUGUGGGACGUUGAACAUCCAUCCGAGCCUGCUGCCGCUCUACCGAGGCGCCUCACCGGUGCAGAGAGCGAUUGAGGCGGGCGAAAAGGUCACCGGCGUCACCGUUGCGUUCACAGUGCGAGCAAUGGAUGCUGGGCCGGUUCUGGCACAGGAGGAAGUCGAAGUGGACCCAAACAUCAAGGCCCCUGAGCUACUAGAAUAUCUGUUUAGGCGAGGAACGGAUCUUCUGCUGCGGAACCUGCCGUCCGUGUUCGACGGAACCGCUGCGGAGCGGGCUACCGAGCAAGAUCACGCGAAAAAAACGGAAGCACCAAAGGUACGGAUAGAGGAGGGGAAUCUGGACUUCGAACAACCAGCAUCUGUGCUACAUAACAAGGUGCGCGCAUUUGCCGGGUGGCCCGGAACGAAAGCAACCUUCUACAUCCGAUCGGACGGCUCAGAAGAGUCGGAGCCGGUGACGGUGAAGGUCAUCACGACACGUGUCGUCGAGGGGGAGGGCGCCGAGGGCGACUCGAAAGAGGUGACGCUAUCCAAGACGGGGCUUCGAGUGACGUGUGUGGAUGGAUCUAUUUUGGAGAUUCAAGAGCUGCAGCCGCCAAGCAAGAAGCCGAUGCGCGGGCGGGACUUUUGGAACGGGCUUCGAGGUCGGCGGCUGUACAGGGGCGAAGUGGAGGCGAAAAUCCCUUACUAGCACGAAAGUUGACCACUCAAGUCGGCACCCCACCCCCUGAUUAGGAAGCAAACGGUAUUGACUCACACGUCUCGGACUAAUUUCGGAAUCUUGAAAGAUGCACGGCAAAGGCGGAAUGGCUGUUAUCGAAUGUAUCAAACGUGCCUUGCGCGGCCUGAAUCUGCUUCUGCAGGAAUGUUGAAAUAAGCCACGUUGCUGACGAGCUACAUUUUCCCCAACCGGGGAUAAAAUGACUUAUAAUUGGAGCGAACCACAAAUUGAACAGGCCAUCAUACUAGAGUAUGAUUCUAAGCUGCUUUAUAGCAACUAUUUAGUAAGAC